AGACAAAAUUUGGUUACCGUACAUGUACAAUCAUUUUUCAGAGUACAGAGGACGGUUGGAUGCCGUGUGAUGAGAGGACAAGAGAGCGUUGACUUUGAACGAGAACCGUUGAUGAUUCUCAAUCAGGUGGUGUCAGUGUUUCUACAUCAAUCAUGUGGCGUUCAGAUAUGCUCUCUCUUCUUCUUCUUCUACAAUUGUAAAUGUUGAUGUGAUGAUGCAGAGACAGAGGAUCUAUGGUUUUGCUUUCUUUUCUCCAUGAAUAUAUAUAUAUUUUUUAAUUUUAUUUUACUGUUUGAUUUGCAGAGACUGAAAAUGGAGGAACUAUUUGUGAUUGACGGCCCCCACUUUAUUUGAUUCCUUCUAGUUUUGAACUCACCAAUGCCUUUAUGAGUUUAAUAUUUUCCAUGGAAGCUUUGACAAAAUCUGCUGUUCUUCUAUUCCACCACUGUUUUGGGGAAGCUUUUCACUUUCUCAUCCUUUCCACAAUGCCCACCAAUUCCUUAUAUUGAAAUCUCUUCCUUUAUCUCUCAUAAGACACAGAGCUUCUCUCACUCAGCUCCAAUGGCUUCCCCAAGCAAUCUUCUGAAACUCGUCAUCGCCGUUGCUGUGGCGGCUGUCUUCUCCCUCUUGCUUCCUCUUCCUGCAUUAUCAGCUCCGGCAGUGGGAGGCGGCGAGAGUUUGUGGAAGAAGAUGGUGUUGGGAUCGAAGCCGCCAAGAUGCGUAGGAAAGUGCUUGAAUUGCCGGCCGUGUACGGCGUCGCUGGUGGUACCGGAGCACCGUGAAAGGAAGGGGUUUGAAGCUGAUUUGAAUCGUAGAGAAGAGGAUGAUAGCUAUUAUCUGUUGCAUUGGAAAUGUAAAUGUGGGAAUAAGCUUUAUCAGCCAUGAGAAUAUAUGGUUUUCUGGGUUUUGCCAUUAAUGGAGUUGGGUGUUGUUUAUGGGAUGGUGGUUUUUAUGUACAGAAAUGAACAUGUUUUAGCUUCUUUUGUA